UCUUCCUCCACCGUAACCUCCAUUAGCACCGCCGUUGAAAGCUUAACAGAGGCUGCUGUGUUCUUCCAGCAAUGCUAAUGGCUUCCCUACCAAAUUCUUCCGUUUUUCUCAUCGUCACCGUUCUCAUCACGUUAGGAAUUACGAAUGUUUCCGCCGGAUCUUUCACGCUGCACAACGGCUGCACGCACACGGUCUGGCCCGGAACACUUUCCGGCAACGGCGGAGCCCUUCUCGGCGAGGGCGGCUUCGCUUUGUCCCCGGGCGAAAGCAGACAGCUUCAAGCUCCGGCUGGAUGGUCGGGCCGGUUCUGGGCAAGGACGGGCUGUAACUUCGACGCUAACGGUAACGGCAAGUGCGUCACCGGCGACUGCGGCGGCCUCAAGUGCGCCGGCGGCGGCGUGCCUCCGGUGACGCUAGCCGAGUUCACCAUCGCCAACGGAAACGCCGACAAGGAUUUCUACGACGUCAGCCUCGUCGACGGCUACAACGUCGACCUCGGCAUCAACCCCUCCGGCGGCUCCGGCGACUGCCAGUACGCCGGCUGCGUCGCCGAUCUCAAUACCAACUGCCCGCAGGUCCUCCAGGUCACCGAUUCCGGCUCCGUCGUCGCCUGCAAGAGCGCCUGCGCCCAGUUUAAUACCCCGGAAUAUUGUUGCACCGGCGACCACAACACGCCGGCGACAUGCUCGCCGACUCAGUAUUCCCAGAUUUUCAAGAACGCGUGCCCUAAGGCGUACAGUUACGCGUACGAUGAUGCUUCCAGCACUUUCACCUGCGCCGGCUCCGAUUACUUGAUCACCUUCUGUCCAAGCAGCUGAUCAAAGCUUUAAAGAAACAACAAAUUAUCUGCAUCGUAGUGAAUGCAUAUCGUUUUUCAACGUUGAAAUACUGUAAUAAUUAGCAUUUAAUGACUUAUUAUUGUACCAUCUGCUCUUAAUUAAUGUAUUAAGUUUAAAAUGAUUGAAUAAAUCUUUCUAUUCUGCUUCCAAA